GGGGCACACCGCUAACCGCGCUGCCUGGCCCCAAAAUGGCGGCGGGCGGCCCCGCUGAGCGGCUGCGGGGUCUCGGCGCGGGGGGCGGGGCCUACGUGGAGGCGGAGGCGUGGCCUGCGCGCGGCGGCCCCGCCCCGCCGCGACCUUCGCGCGCGCACGGGCCGUUGCGGCGCGCGGCUCACGUGACGCAGGCUUGGAUCUUCUGUCAAAUAAACAAACAUGAGUCAUCUGAAGUUGUUUGCGGCUACGGUGAAGUGGCAUGGCAUUAAACUUCUGCAAAAGCAAGAUAUAGCCAGAAGGGUGUUUUUACAUGACCAACGGUAUGUUUCAUCAGGAACCUCAGAACCGUUCCUGAGUGGGAGUAAUUCGAAUUAUGUGGAGGAAAUGUAUUAUGCAUGGCUUGAAAACCCGAAAAGUGUACAUAAGUCCUGGGAUUUGUUCUUCCGUAAUACUAAUGCUGGCCAAGCAUAUGAUCCCCAUCUACCAGAUCAGUUGGAAAGAAAGGCGUCAUUUCUUCAGAGCCAUGGCCUGGCCCAGACACCAAGUAAAGCUGAAAAACUUGUUGAAGAUCAUCUUGCUGUGCAGUCUUUGAUAAGAGCAUACCAAAUCCGUGGCCAUCAUGUCGCUCAGCUAGAUCCUCUUGGGAUUCUGGAUGCAGACUUGGAUUCAUUUGUUCCAUCUGACUUAAUCACUACGAUCGAUAAACUUGGGUUUUAUGGCUUACAUGAAUCGGAUUUGGACAAAGUCUUUCAGCUGCCUACAACCACUUUCAUAGGAGGAAAUGAGAACAGUCUUUCUUUACGAGAGAUCAUCAAACGGCUGGAGAAUACCUACUGCCAACACAUAGGCUUGGAGUUUAUGUUCAUCAAUGACGUGGAGCAGUGCCAGUGGAUCCGGCAGAAGUUUGAGACGCCAGGUGUUAUGAAGUUUACUAAUGAGGAAAAAAGGACUUUGUUGGCAAGGCUGGUGCGCUCAAUGAGAUUUGAAGAUUUCCUUGCUCGCAAGUGGUCUUCCGAGAAGAGAUUUGGUUUGGAAGGAUGUGAAGUAAUGAUUCCUGCACUUAAGACCAUCAUUGAUAAAUCCAGUGAAAUGGGAAUUGAAUAUGUUAUAAUGGGGAUGCCUCAUAGAGGUAGGCUGAAUGUAUUGGCUAAUGUCAUCCGAAAAGAGCUGGAGCAGAUCUUCUGUCAGUUUGAUCCCAAACUUGAAGCAGCUGAUGAGGGAUCUGGGGAUGUAAAAUAUCAUCUGGGAAUGUACCAUGAGAGGAUCAACAGAGCAACAAACAAGAAAAUCACUCUGUCCCUGAUGGCUAACCCUUCGCACUUGGAAGCAGUUGAUCCUGUUGUGCAGGGGAAGACAAAAGCUGAACAGUUUUAUCGAGGGGAUACAGCAGGGAAAAAGGUUAUGUCCAUUUUGUUACAUGGGGAUGCUGCCUUUGCAGGACAAGGUGUGGUGUAUGAGACAUUUCAUCUUAGUGACCUUCCAUCCUAUACCACGAAUGGCACUAUUCAUGUUGUUGUCAACAACCAGAUUGGCUUCACCACAGACCCUCGUAUGGCACGUUCCUCUCCAUAUCCUACUGACGUUGCUCGUGUAGUCAAUGCUCCCAUUUUUCAUGUGAAUGCUGAUGACCCUGAAGCAGUGAUGUACGUGUGCAGUGUAGCUGCAGAGUGGCGAAACACAUUCAAUAAAGAUGUGGUUGUUGACUUAGUUUGUUACCGUAGGAGAGGGCACAAUGAAAUGGAUGAACCGAUGUUCACCCAGCCUCUGAUGUACAAGCAGAUUCAUAAACAAGUGCCAGUGUUGAAGAAGUAUGCUGACAAACUGAUUGCAGAUGGGACUGUAACACUGCAAGAGUUUGAGGAAGAAAUUGCAAAGUACGAUAGAAUAUGUGAAGAAGCAUAUACUAGAUCUAAGGAUAAUAAGAUUCUACACAUUAAGCACUGGCUUGAUUCACCUUGGCCUGGAUUCUUUAACGUGGAUGGAGAACCCAAGAGCAUGUCUUGUCCUCCAACUGGCAUUUCAGAAGACCUGCUGACUCACAUUGGCAAUGUAGCUAGCUCAGUGCCAGUCAAAGACUUCAAAAUACAUUCAGGACUUUCUCGGAUUUUGAGAGCUCGCUUGGAAAUGACCAAGAACAGGGUUGUUGACUGGGCCUUAGCAGAAUACAUGGCUUUUGGCUCUUUUCUGAAAGAAGGGAUCCAUGUCCGACUAAGUGGACAGGAUGUGGAGAGGGGUACUUUUAGCCAUCGCCAUCAUGUGCUUCAUGAUCAAGAAGUUGACAAGAGAACGUGUGUUCCCAUGAACCACCUCUGGGAGCAGCAGGCCCCCUAUACUGUGUGCAACAGCUCCCUUUCCGAAUACGGUGUCUUAGGUUUUGAACUUGGCUUUGCUAUGGCAAGUCCGAACGCCCUGGUGUGCUGGGAGGCGCAGUUCGGUGACUUCCACAACACGGCGCAGUGUAUCAUAGACCAGUUCAUCAGCUCGGGCCAGGCUAAGUGGGUUCGUCACAAUGGGAUUGUUCUGCUCUUGCCACACGGCAUGGAAGGAAUGGGUCCAGAGCAUUCAUCAGCCAGGCCUGAGAGGUUUCUGCAGAUGAGCAAUGACGAUUCUGAUGCUUAUCCGGAGUUCAGUGAGCAGUUUGAAGUUUCCCAGCUGUAUGAAUGCAACUGGAUUGUGGUGAAUUGUUCAACUCCAGCCAAUUACUUUCAUGUCCUCAGAAGACAGAUCUUGCUACCUUUCAGAAAACCGCUCAUCGUUUUGACACCCAAGUCACUGCUGAGGCAUCCAGAAGCUAAAUCCAGUUUUGAUGAAAUGGUGUCUGGUACCACUUUUCAACGUGUGAUUCCUGAGAACGGACUGGCAGCUCAUGCACCACAUGAGGUCAAGCGAGUGAUUUUCUGUACAGGAAAAGUGUACUAUGAUCUUGUGAAAGAGAGAAAGAAUCAAGACUUGGAGAAACAAGUAGCUAUAACCAGACUUGAGCAGAUCUCACCAUUCCCAUUUGACUUGCUCAAAGAAGAGCUUGAAAAGUAUCCAGGUGCUGACCUAGUUUGGUGUCAGGAGGAACACAAAAACAGUGGAUAUUAUGAUUAUGUCAAACCUCGUUUCCGCACUAUUGUGAACCACACACGACCCAUAUGGUAUGUUGGCCGAGAGCCUGCUGCUGCAGCUGCCACAGGCAACAAGAACACGCAUCUGGUGUCGCUCAGAAGGUUCUUGGAUACAGCUUUCAACCUGGAGGCCUUUGAGGGAAAGACAUUCUAACUGCAGGGCACCAACUCAUCUCCAUUCCAGUACUGUCUCAAACCAUUGCAUCCAAAAAGGAAUUAAAAGUGAAUGGGAAAAAUACUGGAAAUUACGUAAGGAUCCAGCAGCUGACUUCAUUACACUGCACCUUGCUCCCCAGUUUGUAAGAAAAAAAAAAAUCCAACUUCCACCAUUUUUUGUUACUUGUCUAUUUAGAUUGGGAACUCUUUGGGACAAGGAGCCUCCUAUCCAAGGGUGCAGUGUCUAGCUCAGUGAGGCUCUGAUCUCAAACUGUGGACAGUGUCUAAUUGCUCUAAGUAAGUAGAACAGGCAUGGAAAACAUGAUGCAACUGUGCAUAUCCCUGAAAAAGAAGAGAGGAAGCCACUAAGGAAAUAAGAUGCAUUGUUCCAGAACAAUGAUUGACAGUUAAUUCUAGAUAUAUUGGAGAGGAGUAAUGAAACCGAAAAGCAAAGGGUGCUACCAUCACACCUAUAGGUGAUUUUGGUAGGGAAAUGCACAGGGUGUGGGUAUUGGGAAGAGAUGGUAAGGUAGCCUGGUGACGUGAGGAGGAGGCUAGAAAUAGGAAGUCAAGAUUACAAAGUUAGUAAACUAUGGGUAAUUAAAAAUGGUGUAGAUUAUUUAGGUAUAAGAUGGAGGCACCACAGUGGCACUGAACACAAUGGCACUGACCACAGCUGACAGCAAUUAGUUAUCAGUUGAAGUUAGCAGAAGCCAGCUGCUGGAUAAAUGCCUUCAAAGUAAGAGGUGAUAGCACCAAUUGCUCCCACUCCCUGAGCUACCUGAUUUGACAUGGUAGCACCUGUAAAAAGACUGUAUUUGGAUGAGAAAUCUGUGUUUGUCAGCAAGUCAUGGGUUCUCUGCUUUGUCCAGUGCUUAUCCCUGCCUCAAAUUUCCUUGCUGAUAUUAAUUAAACUGAAGUACCCGCUCCUGAUUUAAUCAUCCAUUUUUAUGGUGAGGAAGGUGGGCAAGCAACAGUUACUGAUUCACCAAAAGCACAUGCCGUGUUUUUGUACAAGAAGUAAUUGAUUUUUUUGUCCUUUGUGUUUACCUGUCAAUCAAUUGCCACAUGCUUUCAGUAUGGACAUAAAAGGGAACUGCCUCUAAGAGCUGGCCCUGUGCCAGGCAGCCGAGGUACAGUGGGUCCAUGAGCAGAGGUUCUGUGGCAGGGAACAGCAGGGGUUGUUUUUCUUCUGGGGAGAGAGUGCUUGGCUUCAUUGGCGGCACUGUGUAGCAGGGUGGUCUCAUACUGCUGCUGCUUAUGCUUCCUCUGCAGUGCCAGAAGGAGGAUGGAUACAGCUUUCUUCUCCUCUCUUAAUAUAAGAUCUAGUGUCAGAAGUUCUGUUCCAUCUGCCCCAGGAGAGCUUGGGGCUGGGUGAGCCUCGUGACUGCAGGUUUCUGCAACACUCUAGGCUAUGUAGUGGCAGGAGGCUUCCUCUCUUCUUUCUGCUGGAUGGCAAAGGGAACUGCACGGUUAAGGAAAGAAGUGGCGUAACAGGAAGCAGAGGAAUGGCCGUGCCUGUGUUGAAGUAGGAAAAAGUAACUGUCUGCAGGAAGACCCUGUGCCCCUGCAGUGCCUGAGGGUUGUGCUAGAUCUGCUCAGAACAAGUGACUGGAAAACACAUGGAUGAGACUUCACCCCCGUCUCCAAUUCCCUGUCCUGAGCAUGCUCUUGGGACAUGCUUGUGGUUCCGGCAGGAAGUUUUACCCUGCUGUUGCUAUAUUGGUUGUGAUAUAAUAAGGCUUGACAGUUUAUGCCUGAUGCAAAGAGUCAAGUGAUGCUGAAAAGCUUCUUAUCUUGUCAAAAUAAAAAGCUUUAUUAAAAACUUUGAGUUAUGAUCAUCUAGUACUAGUACAAGUAGGUUACCAAAAAGGGAUGUGUACCUCAUGCUGUUCCUUCACUUGGCCUGGAGACAGCAAGAUGGUAAAAAUAAAAUAAAAUAA